AUGACUCAAACGUCCGCUGGUCGCACCCUUGUCGCCCAGUCCCCCGCAGCCUACGGGAGUGAAAACGAGGAAUGCAGCCUCAUCUUCGCACAGCCCCCGCUGCGUCCCCAGAAGCAGGCCCCUCAAUCUCGCUGGAAGAGCGCGGUGGGGCUCAUCGUAGCCGUGACGCUGGUUGGUGCAGGCGUGGUUGGGACGUCGGUGGCAGUGGCGAAAAAGAACCACACCCCACCGACCCUGGCUCGAAUGUUCACCAAUAAAGCAUCGUUUGGUAAUGCUGUCUUGCAACGACACGACCAACUCAACGUUUGUGCUCACGCCAAGUGA